UUCUCACCCUCACGCGCCAUCUCAAAUUCGAUCUUCUUUCACUGCACACAAAGCGAAGAGACAGAGAAGCCAUAGAGAGAGAGAGAGAGAGAGAAGAGAGAAAAAGUGGGGGAAAAAGCGAAGAAGACGCAGAUUCCAUUCAAUUUAGGGUUAGCGCUUCCCCUAAUUUGGAAACCUAGUCUUGUUUCCGGAUCGGACGAAACGAGAGAACGAAGUUAACGAGAAUGGGCGCGAAUUCUAUUCCCGUGGAUGCAACCAUUGAUCUCGAUGAGCAGAUCUCGCAGCUCAUGCAGUGCAAGCCUCUCUCCGAGCAACAGGUUAGAGCAUUAUGUGAGAAAGCCAAGGAGAUCUUAAUGGAUGAAAGCAACGUUCAGCCUGUGAAAAGCCCUGUGACAAUCUGCGGUGAUAUUCAUGGACAGUUCCAUGAUCUUGCUGAGCUUUUCCGUAUAGGAGGAAUGUGCCCUGAUACCAAUUAUCUGUUUAUGGGAGACUAUGUGGACCGUGGUUAUUAUUCUGUUGAAACUGUAACGCUGUUAGUCGCCUUAAAGAUGCGAUAUCCUCAGCGAAUCACUAUUCUUAGAGGAAAUCAUGAAAGCCGUCAGAUUACUCAGGUUUAUGGAUUUUAUGAUGAAUGUCUGCGAAAGUAUGGCAAUGCAAAUGUUUGGAAAAUCUUUACAGACCUCUUCGACUAUUUCCCGCUGACAGCCUUGGUUGAGUCAGAAAUAUUUUGUCUUCAUGGUGGAUUAUCUCCAUCUAUCGAGACCCUUGACAACAUAAGGAAUUUUGAUCGAGUUCAAGAAGUGCCCCAUGAAGGGCCGAUGUGUGACUUAUUAUGGUCUGACCCCGAUGACCGAUGUGGUUGGGGCAUCUCUCCCCGUGGUGCCGGAUAUACCUUUGGUCAGGAUAUAUCCGAACAAUUCAAUCACACAAACAGCUUAAAGCUGAUUGCCCGAGCUCAUCAGUUGGUUAUGGAUGGAUACAACUGGGCUCACGAGCAAAAGGUGGUUACUAUAUUCAGUGCUCCAAACUAUUGUUACCGUUGUGGGAACAUGGCCUCGAUUCUUGAGGUCGACGACUGCAGGAACCACACCUUCAUUCAGUUCGAACCAGCACCGAGGAGAGGAGAACCAGACGUUACCCGAAGGACACCAGACUACUUUCUGUGAUCACUGGACACAGACUCAUCUCAGUCAGCAGCUGCAGCCACCCACAAGUGAAAAGUCAGAGUUGGUAACAAUCAAGAUUCUCGUUUCUAUGCGUUGUGCUCAGGUUGCUCUGUUUUAAAAUUCAACUUAGUCCCACCACCGGAAUAUAAUGUGUAUUAUAGGCGAAGAAGGAUCUCUUAUCUUCCUCUAUAACCAAGAAAAAAAAAAGGAAAAGAAAAAAAGACACCCUUUAUGGACAUUGUUUGGUUGAUGUUAUUAGCUUCUUCUUCUUCUUCUGCAUCCGAAUGUGUUUUCAUGUGAGAAAUCUUCUAAUUUUUAUUUCACGUAAUUUGUCCUUCAACUUCUCCGAUUUUUAAAAGUUGUUCUGCUUAUUUGUAUUACAAAGCUUGAUAUAA